UGACACUCCAAAGAAAAAAAUGCAUAUUCAAUUUUGACCCAAACUUGAGGGCUACCGACCUUUGAGAAAAGGGCAAACAAAUCGAGCACACCAAAGCCACGACAAAUCGUUUCCACACACAGUUUACCUUCCUCAAUCCCUGUGCAAGAACCGCGUGUGUGUAACAGCCAACAGGAAUUACGCAGCCCAUUAACGACUUCUCUCCUGCUUCAAUCCCACUGCAACUCCAGAUCUCCAACUCAGAGCACUCAUGGAAUUCUGCACUCUACUGACAUCCCCCUGCACAUCCAUCUAACUAAACAUUAUUUUUAAUGGCCUUCCCCUGCAUACCCACAUAAGAAAAUCCCAUAUUUCCUUACAGAUCAGGAGGCAACAAUGGCACUAUCAUCGAAGGUCUUCACUAUAGGCCUGGUGGGCGCGUGGUACUGCUCCAACAUAGGUGUCCUGCUGCUAAAUAAAUAUUUGCUCAGCAACUAUGGCUUCAGGUUCCCAAUUUUCUUGACCAUGUGCCAUAUGACUGCUUGUGCGUUGCUCAGCUAUGUGGGGAUCACCUGGUUCAAGAUGGUUCCCAUGCAGGCAAUUCGAUCCCGGCAGCAACUAUUGAAGAUCGCUGCCCUGAGCACUAUUUUCUGUGGCUCUGUUGUGGGGGGUAACAUUUCACUGCGCUACCUGCCUGUUUCAUUCAAUCAGGCUGUUGGGGCCACUACUCCCUUUUUCACUGCAGUGUUUGCCUAUAUCAUCACUGUCAAGAGGGAGGCAUGGCUUACUUAUGCUACUCUGAUUCCCGUUGUCACAGGGGUCAUCAUUGCUAGUGGGGGGGAACCCAGCUUCCAUCUGUAUGGUUUCAUAAUGUGCAUUUUAGCCACUGCUGCAAGGGCUCUAAAGACUGUUCUGCAAGGGAUCUUGCUUUCUUCUGAAGGGGAGAAGCUAAACUCUAUGAAUCUUCUUUUAUACAUGGCUCCAAUUGCAGUUGUGGUAUUGCUUCCAGCAGUUAUGAUUUUAGAACCUAAUGUUCUUGGCAUAACUGUAGCACUUGCUAGGCAGGAUAUGAGGAUUGUGUAUUACCUUCUUUUCAAUUCAGGGUUGGCAUAUUUUGUAAAUUUAACCAACUUUUUGGUCACUAAACACACCAGUGCCUUGACUCUUCAGGUUCUUGGGAAUGCAAAAGGAGCAGUGGCAGUUGUUGUUUCUAUCUUGCUCUUUAGGAACCCUGUUUCUGUUACAGGGAUGCUUGGAUAUACACUCACAGUUUGCGGGGUGAUUCUUUAUAGUGAAGCCAAAAGGCGCUUCAAGUAAUUGUUUACUAGUCUAACCAGAUUCAGGUCCUGAAAUACUGCAUAUUUAGGAGUCACUGGAUCAACAUCAAAAUGGAUACCUGAUGACUUAUGUGCUGCUGGCAACCUGAUCUUAUCAAAUUUAUCAUGAUAUGUACUGUCUUAUUUCUUGGAAGGCAAGGUUAGUCUUUAACAGGAAAAAUGUAAACACCUUGGAAGUUAAAGGUGGGCUGCUUCUUAUUCUAUAUUCAUUGAUACGUCAGCUGUUACUGCACGAAGAUGUAUUUUCCAUGAUUAAAAUUCUUUCUGAAGCUAGCCAGAUUUAUUGGCUUUCAUAUUGUUCACUGUUCAAUCCAUUAAGGAUGCGGCUAUUGAGAUUAUUUUAACAUUAAUGCUUCUUUAUUAGAGGUACUUUCUAUAAAUAUGGUGAAUGACCACCUAGUUCAAGCAUUA